AUGGGAGGCGGGAGGAAGAAUUUGAUGAGAGCAGCUGAAGAUAAGGUUUCUACUCUUCAAUCAGGCCAAAGUAUCAUGCAAGUUUUAGACCUUCGGGGCUCCAAUCAAAUUGAGGUAAUGGAUGCAAAAGGUGAGAAAUCAUUAGCCUUAUUUCCUGCCAAAUUCCAAAGGAGCAUGUGGAUUAAACGAGGGAACUUUGUGGUAGUUGAUGAGAGUGGAAGGGAAGAAGCUGCUGAGUCUGGUAGCAAGGUCGGAUGUGUCGUUGUACAAGUUCUCUUUCAUGAUCAAGUUAGGGAGCUUCAAAAAUCCCCUGAAUGGCCUGAAGUCUUCAAAGCAUCGAAUUCGAAACAAGAGUUGCCACCGUCACAAACUACCCAGGUAGAAGGGGAUGAAAACUCAAGCGAUGAUGAUGGACUCCCCCCUCUAGAAGCCAAUAUGAACAGAUUAAGACCUUACCAAUUGCAUUCAGAUACGGAGUCUGAUUCAGAAUCUGAUUCCUGA